AUGGUGAAGGGGCGAGGGACGACCAGGGACAGAGAGGGGACGGAGUGUGGUGGGGGGGGUGGCGGUGGUAAUGGUGAAGGGGCGAGGGACGACCAGGGACAGAGAGGGGACGGAGUGUGGUGGGGGGGUGGCGGUGGUAAUGGUGAGGGGGCGAGGGGGCGAGGGACGACCAGGGACAGAGAGGGGACGGAGUGUGGUGGGGGGGGUGGCGGUGGUAAUGGUGAAGGGGCGAGGGACGACCAGGGACAGAGAGGGGACGGAGUGUGGUGGGGGGGGGUGGCGGUGGUAAUGGUGAAGGGGCGAGGGACGACCAGGGACAGAGAGGGGACGGAGUGUGGUGGGGGGGGUGGCGGUGGUAAUGGUGAAGGGGCGAGGGACGACCAGGGACAGAGAGGGGACGGAGUGUGGUGGGGGGGGUGGCGGUGGUGA